UGGUCCGGGUGUGGGUCGGUGGGACGAGGGUGAAGUUUGGAUAGGUACAUGGAUGUGAGGGGUAGGGGGUCUAUGGUCUGGGUGUGGGUCGAUGGGACCAGGGAGAAGUUUGGAUAGGAACAUGGAUGGGAGGGGUAUGGGGUCUAUGGUCUGGGUGUGGGUUGAUGGGACCAGGGAGAAGUUUGGAUAGGUACAUGGAUGGGAGGGGUAUGGGGUCUAUGGUCCGGGUGUGGGUCGAUGGGACCAGGGAGAAGUUUGGAUAGGUACAUGGAUGGGAGGGGUAUGGGGUCUAUGGUCUGGGUGUGGGUCAAUGGGACCAGGGAGAAGUUUGGAUGUACAUGGAUGGGAGGGGUAGGGGGUCUAUGGUCUGGGUGUAGUUCGAUGGGACCAGGGAGAAGUUUGGAUGUACAUGGAUGGGAGGGGAAUGGGGUCUAUGGUCUGGGUGUGGGUCGAUGGGACCAGGGAGAAGUUUGGAUAGGUACAUGGAUGGGAGGGGUAUGGGGUCUGUGGUCUGGGUGUGGGUCGAUGGGACCAAGGAGAAGUUUGGAUGUACAUGGAUGGGAGGGGUAUGGGGUCUAUGGUCUGGGUGUGGGUCGAUGGGACCAGGGAGAAGUUUGGAUAGGUACAUGGAUGGGAGGGGUAAGGGGUCUAUUGUCCGGGUGUGGGUCGAUGGGACCAGGGAGUAGUUUGGAUGUACAUGGAUGGGAGGGGUAUGGGGUCUAUGAUCCGGGUGUGGGUCGAUGGGACCAGGGAGAUGUUUGGAUAGGUACAUGGAAGAGAGGGGUACGGGGUCUAUGGUCCGGGUGUGGGUCGAUGGGACCAGGGAGAAGUUUGGAUAUGUACAUGGAUGGGAGGGGUAUGGGGUCUAUGGUCCGGGUGUGGGUCGAUGGGACCAGGGAGAAGUUUGGAUAGGUACAUGGAUGGGAGGGGUACGGGGUCUAUGGUCCGGGUGUGGGUCGAUGGGACCAGGGAGAAGUUUGGAUGUACAUGGAUGGGAGGGGUAUGGGGUCUAUGGUCCGGGUGUGGGUCGAUGGGACCAGGGAGUAGUUUGGAUGUACAUGGAAGAGAGGGGUACGGGGUCUAUGGUCCGGGUGUGGGUCGAUGGGACCAGGGAGAAGUUUGGAUAGGUACAUGGAUGGGAGGGGUAUUGGGUCUAUGGUCCGGGUGUGGGUCGAUGGGACCAGGGAGAAGUUUGGAUAGGUACAUGGAUGGGAGGGGUACGGGGUCUAUGGUCCGGGUGUGGGUCGAUGGGACCAGGGAGAAGUUUGGAUGUACAUGGAUGGGAGGGGUAUGGGGUCUAUGGUCCGGGUGUGGGUCGAUGGGACCAGGGAGUAGUUUGGAUGUACAUGGAUGGGAGGGGUAUGGGGUCUAUGGUCUGGGUGUAGGUCGAUGGGACCAGGGAGAAGUUUGGAUGUAGAUGGAUGGGAGGGGUAUGGGGUCUAUGGUCUGGGUGUGGGUCGAUGGGACCAGGGAGAAGUUUGGAUAGGUACAUGGAUGGGAGGGGUAUGGGGUCUAUGGUCUGGGUGUGGGUCGAUGGGACCAGGGAGAAGUUUGGAUGUAGAUGGAUGGGAGGGGUAUGGGGUCUAUGGUCUGGGUGUGGGUCGAUGGGACCAGGGAGAAGUUUGGAUGUAGAUGGAUGGGAGGGGUAUGGGGUCUAUAGUCUGGGUGUGGGUCGAUGGGACGAGGGAGAAGUUUGGAUGUACAUGGAUGGGAGGGGUAUGGGGUCUAUGUCCGGGUGUGGGUCGAUGGGACCAGGGAGAAGUUUGGAUAGGUACAUGGAUGGGAGGGGUAUGGGGUCUAUGGUCUGGGUAUGGGUCGAUGGGACCAGGGAGAAGUUUGGAUGUACAUGGAUGGGAGGGGCAUGGGGUCUAUGUCCGGGUGUGGGUCGAUGGGACCAGGGAGAAGUUUGGAGAGGUACAUGGAUGGGAGGGGUAUGGGGUCUAUGGUCUGGGUGUGGGUCGAUGGGACCAGGGAGAAGUUUGGAGAGGUACAUUGGUGGGAGGGGUAUGGGGUCUAUGGUCCGGGUGUGGGUUGAUGGGACCAGGGAGAAGUUUGGAUGUACAUGGAUGGGAGGGGUAUGGGGUCUAUGGUCUGGGUGUGGGUCGAUGGGACCAGGGAGAAGUUUGGAGAGGUACAUGGAUGGGAGGGGUAUGGGGUCUAUGGUCCGGGUGUGGGUCGAUGGGACCAGGGAGAAGUUUGGAUGUACAUGGAUGGGAGGGGUAUGGGGUCUAUGGUCUGGGUGUGGGUCGAUGGGACCAGGGAGAAGUUUGGAUAGGUACAUGGAUGGGAGGGGUAUUGGGUCUAUGGUCCGGGUGUGGGUCGAUGGGACCAGGGAGAAGUUUGGAUAGGUACAUGGAUGGGAGGGGUAUGGGGUCUAUGGUCUGGGUGUGGGUCGAUGGGACCAGGGAGAAGUUUGGAUAGGUACAUGGAUGGGAGGGGUAUGGGGUCUAUGGUCCGGGUGUGGGUCGGUGGGACGAGGGUGAAGUUUGGAUAGGUACAUGGAUGGGAGGGGUAGGGGGUCUAUGGUCUUGGUGUGGGUCGAUGGGACCAGGGAGAAGUUUGGAUAGGAACAUGGAUGGGAGGGGUAUGGGGUCUAUGGUCUGGGUGUGGGUUGAUGGGACCAGGGAGAAGUUUGGAUAGGUACAUGGAUGGGAGGGGUAUGGGGUCUAUGGUCCGGGUGUGGGUCGAUGGGACCAGGGAGAAGUUUGGAUAGGUACAUGGAUGGGAGGGGUAUGGGGUCUAUGGUCUGGGUGUGGGUCAAUGGGACCAGGGAGAAGUUUGGAUGUACAUGGAUGGGAGGGGUAUGGGGUCUAUGGUCUGGGUGUGGGUCGAUGGGACCAGGGAGAAGUUUGGAUGUACAUGGAUAGGAGGGGUAUGGGGUCUAUGGUCCGUGUGUGGGUCGAUGAGAGUCGUGUGUUUAAAUGGUUUAGCAUGGACUAGAUGGGCUGAAGGACCAGAUUCUCUGCUGUAUUUCUCUGUGACUCUAAAGAGUCCAUCCAAUAAUACGAUAAACGUCCCAGCAUCUCAAAUGACAGUUGUUGGGUGUCAAAUACAGAAAAUGUUUAUCAUCUCCGAUAUGUCAUGAAAUCCGUUGUUUCACAGCAGCAAUGCAGUGCAAAACUAAUAAAUAAAUAAACCAUACAAUAGUGAGGCCGUGUUUACGGACCGUUCAGAAAUGUGAUGGUAAAGAAAUACAAGGGUGAAGUAUUUUGGUAGAGGUCAUUUAGGCAGUUCUGAAAAGGCAUUCAGGAAGAUAGGGGCUUGUGGACAAGGAUGGGCAUAUCACUGAAAAUCACCGUGCCCGGUCAGAAACACAACUCUUGACGUUAUUAUUAGAGACACAGGGAAACCCUGCUGGAUCUUUGAACAAAACUUGUACGGUUUCAAAUGGGGACACCGCAGUGAGUGACCUGGGUUCAGACAUCUGCUCCUGUCUGUAAGGAGCUUGUGACCGCGAGGGGGUUUCAAAAGGUACAUUUAAUAUCAGAGAAAUGUAUACAAUAUACAUCCUGAAAUUCUUAUUCUUCACAAACAUGCAAGCUGUCCACAGCACGCCUUCAGACUGCGUUGGUCAUUGUCGCAAACUGUACAUUUCACUGUAUGUUUCGAUAAAUAACUCUGAAUCUGAAACGUGAGACUCUUUGAGCCAAUACCUUAGCCGCUGUAGGUCCGUGGCCUGUCAAUUGCAACAACUCAUUCUAAGUCGUGGAAGCAAACUGAAGCCCAAGUUGCAAUUCAGUAAAUACCGUCACGGCAGCGAGGGCAAUAUUAACACCCAGGGACUCAACACGUCAAGCAGCAUCGAUGGAAAUGGACAGGCAAUCGACGUUUCAGGCCGAGAGCCUUCGUCAGGAUUGAGAAGGAAGGGGGAAGAUGCCGGAAUAAAAAGGUGGGGGAAGGUCAAUAUUAUUUUCGAAAUUCACAAACACUCCAAAGGUCAUCACUGGGGACUGUGAAUCCAGUGAUCCGAGUUCAAAUCCCGGUUGAAUCUCUCUGUCGUCGGUGAGUUUGACAGCUCAGUCUCGUUCCCUUGUGCACGGGGAGAACAGUUCAGCGACAGCAGCCAGACUGCUCGUCUUGCGCACAGAUUAAUAAAGUGCGAUGGUGGAAUGGGCACCAGUUGGCAGAGGCCGGUUAGCUUGUCGCGACACUCCCGUCCAAAAGAACCGCGGGUUGGAGGUUUAAUUGGCCUCUAUGAUCAGCCCCUGUUGUGUGGGUGAGAUGGGGGAGGCGACGACUGGAAUGUAGCGAGAAGAAAACGGGUUGAGUGUAGAUGGAUGUUAAGACCACGAGACCAUAAGACAGGCCGUUUGGCCCAUCGAGUCUGCUCCGCCAUUUCAUCAAGGCUGAUCCAGUUCCCUCUCAGCCCCAAUCUCCUGCCUUCUCCCCGUAUCCCUUCAUGUCCUGACCAAUUAAGAACCUAUCAACCUCUGCUUUAAAUAUACACAAUGACUUGGCCUCCACAGCUGCCUGUGGCAAAGAAUUCCACAGAUUCACCGCUCUCUGGCUAAAGAAAUUCCUUUUCAUUUCCGUUCUAAAAGGACACCCCACUAUCCUGAAGCCGUGUUCUCAGUUCUUUGACUCUCCCACGGUAGGAAACAUCCUCUCCAUGUCCACUGUCAUGAUUCAAUAGGUUUCAAUGAGGUCACCCAUUCAUUCAUCUGAAUUCUAGUGAACACAGGCCCAGAAUCAUCAAACACAAGCCAUUCAGCCUGGAAUCGUUUUUGUCAAACACCUUUAAACCCUCUCCAGUUUGAGAAUGGUCUUUGUAAGAGGCCCAAAACUGCCCACAAUACUCCAACUGAGGCAUCACCAGAGCUUUAUCAAGUCUUAACAUUACAUCCUUGCUUUUAUAUUCCAGUCCUCUCGAAAUGAAUGCUAACUCACCAAAUGCCUUCCUCACCAUAGGCUCAACCUGCAAAUUAAUCUUCAGGCAAUCCUGCACAAGGGCUCCCAAGUCCCUUCACACCUCUGUUUGUAUUUUCUCUCCAUUAGAAAAUAGUCAGCCCGUUCAUUUCUUUGACCAAAGUGCAUUGCCAUACACUUUCUGACACUGUAUUCCAUCUGCCAUUCUCCUAAUCGGUCUUAAAUCCUCAGUAGCCUCUCUACUUCCUCAAAACUAUCUGCCCUUGCAGCUAUCUUCAUAUCAUCUGCAAACUUUGCAACAAGACCAUUAGUUCUGUUGUCCAAACACGAGGAAAUCUGCAGAUGCUGGAAAUUCAAACAACACACACAAAAUGCUGGUGGAACACAGCAGGCCAGGCAGCAUCUGUAGGGAGAAGCACUGUCAAUGUUUCGGGCCGAGACCCUUCGUCAGGACCCUCCUGCCAAUUCUGUUGUCUGUAUCGUUGACAUAUAAUGUAAAAAGAAUUGGUCCCAACACAGACCCCUGUGGAACACCACUAGUCACUGGCAACCAGCCAGAAAAGGCUCCCUUUGUUCCCACUCUUUGCCUCCUGCCGGUCGGCCAAGGCUCUAUCCAUGCUUUAAUCUUUCCUGUAAUACCACGGGCUCACAGCAUGUUAAGCAGCCUCACGUGUGGCACCUUGUCAAAGACUUUCUGAAAAUCCAAGUACUGAUACAUUCGAUGGGCUGAGCGUCUCGUUCCAUACUGUAUGACGGAACUAUGCCAAUGGGCGAUACUUGACUGCAGAAGGUCUCUCUCACCGCACCCCCCCCCCCCCCACCCACGAGCUGUAAUCAUGUCACUCUCACCGUUAACUGUAUCACAAAUAUCUCCAACUUCUUUCAUCCUGAAGUACUUCAAGAGCAUCACAUAAACCGGCUCUGCCACUGAAAAUGUCAAUCCUGGCCAGAGGGGAGGGGGUUUCUAAAGGAACACGGAGGGUCAGGCAGCUUCUGUGGAGGGAAAUGGAGGGUCGACGGUUCAGACCAAGACCCCCAACCCCGCAGAUGCUGCUCAACCCGCUGAGUUCUGCCAGCAGAUCGUUUGUUGCUCCACAUUCGAGUCGAGUUUAUUGGCAUUUAACUGUAAAUGUAUGUAACAUAUAUAGUCAUAUAAUGUAUAGAAAUAAGACAUUUUCCAAACCAGGGCAUUUAGCACUGUGGCACACAUAACCCAUGAUAAUUUAUCAAGUUAGGGACAAAGACUACAGGUGAAUCACACAUACAUUACAAACUAAGGAGCAUUAAUAUUAAAUAUUCUAAGUUACGGAGCAGAUUAACCAGUGACAGUUGGAAUACAAUUCCAGCCUCUGGAUCCGUUGUAUCUCUGGAAAUGGAUGGGGGGGGGGGGAAUUAUGGUGGAAAUUUUGAAUUCAGUUGAAGGCACAGCCUCUGGAGUAUUGAUGGAAGUCUGGACCGGCUGGAAAUCAGACGUGCAGACCUUGGAGCCUGUAUGGCCGGAGGAGGGAAGGUUGACUUUCCCGUCGGGAUCAGGAAACAAGGACGGGAAUUUGAAAGCCAAAGGAGUGAAGGUCUGGGACCACGGGCAGGGGUUGAAAGGGGGAAAGAGCAGAGACAGCAACCUGCAUGAACUCAAGUUUAAAUUAAGUCCGAUGGUGGGUGCUGGAUCAGGCACAUCCUACAGAACAACAGGUAGGGUGAAAGUUUUAGCAAAAUUACACGGGCGAGAAACAGGGCUUUGGUCCAACGGGACGAAGCACGCACACCUAGAUUUCCGUACCUAAGUCAGCUGCACUUGCCAAUGUUUGGCCCAAAUCCCUCUAACCCAGGCAUUCCCAACCAUAGACAAAUACCAUUAAGUGGUCUGUAGACCACAGGUUGGGAACCCCUGUACUAAACCUUUCCAAAAUAUGUCCCUGCCCAAGUGUCUUUUAAAUAUUGUUAAUGCCUUGGGGGCAGCUACUUCCCCUCUGCCAUCAGCUUUCCGAAUGGACAAUCAACCUGUGUACACUACCUCAGUAUUAUUUCUCCUUUUCACUCUCUUCUUGAGCUCCUUCAUUCAAGGCAAUUCAAUGUUAACAGAUUUCAUUAAUAUGCACUGCACUGUACUGCUGCCACAAAACACCACAUUUCCCAGUGAUAUUAAACCUAAUCUGAUUCUGUAGUUGAAGUUAGUUUGUUGUAGAUCAACCAUAAACCGGUAUACCACCCAAACGAAACGAGGUCUAUAGAAGGUGUUCCCAAGCUGGGGUCCGUAUUGGUUCAUGGCAUAAAAAAGGCUGAGAACCUCUGUUCUAGACCAAGGUGCACAACGCAGUACAGAUAACUCCCAUACAACACAUGAACUAAUAUUUCCACAAAUAAAUUCAUUUUAGAAGAAAGACAUUUAGCAGAAGGUGCACUUACAACACAAACUCACCAAUUUACAAUUGUGUACAACUGCUACACAAUAUCCCAACUCAUUAGUCAGAGGGUCGAGCUCGAGAGCAGCUCUAUCAAACUCUGGUUGGACCACACUUGUGCGCAGUUCUAGUUGCCUCCUUAUAGGAAGGGUGCAGAAGCUUUAGAGAGGGUGUGGAGGAGAUUUACCAGGAUGGUGCCUGGGUUAGAGAGCACGUCUUAUGAGCACAGGUUGAGCAAACGAGGGCUUUUCUCUUUGGAAUGAAAGAGGGUAAAAGGUUGAUAGAGGUGUACAAGAUGAGAAGAGGCAUAGACUGUCUCCCAGGGCCGAAAUGGCUAAUACAAAGGGGCAUCGUUUUAAGGUUUCGGAGGAAAGUAUCGGGGGGGGGCGGAGGAGUGGUGUCAGAGGUUCUUUACACAGGGGGUGGCGGGUGCAUGGUGCACGGCCAGGGUGGAGUAGAGACAGAUACUACAGGGACAAAGUAAAAUUUGUUAUCAGAGGACAUACAUGUCACCACAUGCAACCCUGAGAUUCCUUUUCUGCAGUAAACAUCAGGAACUGUAAACAAACUGCAAAUACAGAUAACGAGCACGAAAUCACAAUAUAAAAGAGUCAUUAAAUGAGUCAGUUAUACCCCUCUGUUCAAGAGCCUGAUGGUUGAGGGGUAGUAACUGUUCCUGAACCUGGUGGUUCAGGUCCUGAGGCUCCCGUACCUUCCACCUGAUGGCAGCAGAAAAGAGCAAGGCCGGGGUGGUGAGGAUCUUUGAUGAUGGAUGCUGCUUUUCUACGGCAACAUCUCAUGUCGAUGUGCUCAAUGGUUGGGAGGGUUUUACUCGUGAAGUACUGGGCUGAAUGUACUACCUUUUGUAGGAGUUUCCACUCAAAGGCUUUGGUGCUUUCAUACCAGGCCGUAAUGCAGCCAAUCAGCACACUUUCCACUACACAUCUAAAGUUUCAGAAACUUUCAGGUCGGUAUAUAGAUGAUAUAAAAAAUGGAGGGGAUGUAGGAGGGAAAGGUCAGAUUGAUCUUGGAGCAGGUUAAAAAGGCGGCACAACAUCGUGGGUCGAAGAGCCUGUUACCGUCAAGCUCCGAGACCUGGGCCUCCGUACAUCCACCUGCAACUGCUCUACUCUCUCUAGGCUACGCACAGCUCAAAUGCCAUCUAUAAAUUUGCCAACAGUACAACUAUUGGCAGAAUUUCUGAUGGUGACAAGGAGGUACAGGAUGGUACAGGAGCGUGACAGAUCGGCUGGUUGAGUAGCGUUGCAACAACAACAGGAGUAAGACCAAGGAGCUGAUAGGGGACUUUAGGAAGGGAGGUCUAGAGAACUCACACCAGUCCUCACUGAGGGGUUAGCAGUGAGUAGCUUCAAGUUCCUGGGUCUCUGAAGGUCCAUCCAGGGUCUUAACACAUUGGUGCAAUUACAAAGAAGGCAUGAGAGUAGCUUAAUUUCAUUCGGAGCUUGGGGAGACCUGGUCUGUCAAAGACACUCACACAUUCCCACAGAUGUACCGUGGAGAGCAUUCCAACAGGUUGCAUCACCUUCGGUGCAGAGGGGCCACGGCACAGGAUGGAUUACAGCUGCAGAGAGCUGUGAACUCAGGCUGGUCCAUCGUGGGGGCUAGCCCCCCCAGCAUCCAGGACACCUUCAGAAGUCUUUUUAAGAUGUUUGCACUACCUAUUUCACUUAACAAAUUUAACAUACAUACACAUACACUAACAUCAACAGCAUAUGUCACCAAAUUUGUUGAAUUUGGGGCAGCGGUACAAUACAUAGUAAUAAAGCAAAACAAUGUGAAUUAUAGUAAGUAUGUCAUGAAGUAAGAGAGCUGAUUCUGAUUCUCAAAAGGCGAUGCCUCAGAAAGGCGGCAUUUGUCAUUAAGGACCCCCCGCCACCCAGGCCAUGCCCUCUUCUCACUGCUACAAUCAGGGAGGAGGUACAGGAGCCUGAAGGCACAAACUCCGCCAUCAGAUUUCUGAAUGGUCAGUGAACCCAUGAGCACUUAUUAAGUAUUUUUCGCUCUCUUUUUGCACUACUACUUUAAUUAAAUUUUUAUACAAUUGAUCAUUUUUAAUAUGUAUUGCAUUGUACUACGAAGCAAAUUUCAUGCCAUAUGCCAGUGAUAUUAAACCUGGACAACACACACAAAAUGCUGGAGGAACUCAGCAGGCCAGGCAGCACCUACGGCAAAAUGUAAAGUCGACAUUUUGGGCCGAGACCCUUCAGCAGGAAUAGAGGGGAAAAAGGAUGAGGAGUAGAUUUAAAAGGUGUGAAGAGGGGAGAGAGAAACACAAGGUGAUAGGUGAGACUGGGGGGCGGGGUGGAGUAAAGAGCUGGGAAGUCGAUUGGUGAAAUGGAUAUUGGGAGAAUCUGAUAGGAGAGGACAAAAAGCCAUGGAAGAAAAGGGUGAGGAGCACCAGCAAGAGGCGAUGGGCAGGCCACCUCCAACAGGACCCAACCAACAAGCCUUCUUUCCCUCCCCUCCCUUUCCGCAGGGAUCACUCCCUACACGACUUCCUUGUCCAUUCAUCCCUCCCACUGAUCUCCCUCCUGCCACUUAUCCUUGAAGCGGAACAAGUGCUACACCUGCCCCUACACCUCCUCCCUCACUACCAUUCAGGGCCCUAAACAGUCCUUCCAGGUGAGGCGACACUUCACCUGAGUCUGUUGGGGGUCGUAUACUGAGUCUGGCGCUCUCGAUGUGGCCUCCUGUACAUCAGUGAGACCCAACAUAGGUUAGGAGACCGUCUCGCUGAGUACCUACCCACCCGCCGGAACAAGUGGGAUCUCCCAGUGGCCACCCAUUUUAAUUCCACUUCCCAUUCCCAUUCCAUUAUGUCAACCCGUGGGUUCUUCUACCGUUGCGAUGAGGCCACACUCAGGUUGGAGGAACAACACCUUGUAUAUUCCAUCUGGGUAGCCUCCAACCUGAUGGUAUGAACACUGAUUUCUCAAACUUCUAGUAACCUCCCCCUUCACCAUUCCCCUUCCCUCUCUCAGCUUAACUCCUUGCCUGCCCAUCACCUCCCUCUGGUGCUCCUCCCCUUUUCUUUCUUCCAUGGCUUUCUGUCCUUCUCCAGCCCUGCAUCUCUUUCACCAAUUGACUUCCCAGCUC